UCCAAAAUGAGUAAUGCAUCCAGUAUACUUGUAUUUUCACUGUCUGGCUUCAGUGCAACAGUCAACUACAGAAUUACUUUUUUCUCUCUCACUUUACUAUGCUAUGGUCUAAUACUGGUGGUAAAUGUGUCUCUCAUUUUAACCAUAAUGCUGGAUCAGAACCUGCAUGAACCCAUGUACAUUUUCUUGUGUAACCUGUGCAUCAAUGGACUUUAUGGGACUGCAGCCUUUUAUCCUAAAUUUGCUUUAGAUCUUCUUUCUGAUGUUCAUGUCAUAUCAUAUGUGGGAUGCAUUCUGCAGGUCUUUGUCAUAUACUCCUAUGCAACUAUUGAUUUCUCUAUUUUAGCUCUUAUGGCCUAUGACAGAUAUGUGGCUAUAUGUCGACCCCUGGUGUAUCACUCUGUAAUGUCUGCACGGAGGACUGCCGUGCUAGUCAGUCUGUCCUGGCUUGUUCCUUUGUGCUGUGAGGUUGUAGUCAUAACUUUGACUUCUAGAUUAAAAUUAUGUGGCACCAAAAUACAGAAACUCUAUUGUGAGAACUGGUCAAUUGUCAAACUUGCAUGUAGUUCAACGGCAGCAAACAACGUAGUUGGAUUGAUUAUUAUUUCCUUCUAUUGUGGUCAUGUUCUCUUUAUUCUGUAUUCAUAUGUGCGGCUUGUGAACUCAGCUUUAAAGUCACAAGAGAGCAGGAGAAAGUUUACGCAGACAUGUGUACCACAUUUACUGUGCUUGCUUAAUGUCACAGCUGCUUUGCUUUUUGACACGAUGUACUCGAGGUAUGGGUCAGCAUCUGUGCCGCAAAAUGUGAAGAACUUCAUGGCCAUACAAUUUCUCUUGAUGCCCCCGCUUUUAAACCCUGUAAUUUAUGGACUGAUCCUGACUAAAAUUCAAUAUAGAGUGACGACUUUUUUGUCAUGCACUUUUAAUUCUUAUUAA